GAUAGCAUUUUCCGAUGAAAACACCUUAAACUGUACCAAACCCACCAACACACUCUCCAUUCGUCAUCGUCUUCGUCUUCGUCUUUUUUCCACCACCAUGGAUGAGGUCUGGAACGACAUUACCCUCGCCUCCCUCCACGACCCACCCACCCUCCGAGACGACCCGACCCGGGACACCCACUUUCGUUCCCUCACCUUCCAAGACUUUCUGGGUCGACCCGUCAACAAAAACCCGCCAGCAAGAAUCUCCGGCGGGGACGGGUCUCCGGCGUCGCCGCCGUCAACCACCUCGCUGAACUUGAAUUCUCUUCCUGAUCAACUUAACUUGCUGAGCAGUAACGAGUCGGACCCUAUGAGAGCGAACUAUGGUGGAUUAGAAAGCCGACCCGUUUCGAGCGAAGCAUCACUGAAUGUACUGUUUGAUGCAUUGGCAUCAUCGUCGUCGAGCUUGCAGGCGUUGGGGAAGAAAAGGUUCCAGGAAUCGGAGAGCAGUUCCGGCGAUCGGAGACAUAAGCGAAUGAUUAAGAACAGAGAGUCAGCUGCUCGAUCCAGGGCUAGAAAGCAGGCUUACACGAUAGAGUUGGAGCUAGAAGUUGCCCAUUUGAUGAAAGAGAAUGCCAGACUGAAAAGUGAGCAACAACAGUCAUUUCUAGCAGCAGAGACUCAACUUCCCAAAAAGCAUGCUCUCCAUCGAACUUCAACAGCACCAUUUUGAGAACGCUCUCAAUUCCUUUCACUAGAGAGAGAUAAUUAUGGGUUGUAUCUUUUGAUGACUUGUAUGAAUUAUCAAUCAUAGAUUGUGGUUUUAGGAAAGGACUAGGAAGAAUGAAUGAAAUGAAAAAGAUGGUGUUUUCCAUUACAAACAUGUAGGGAUUUUUUUGGUGGCUCUUCUUUUUGCUCAAUUUUAUUAUUUUUACCUUAUUCUUUCUUUUUAGGGGUAUGCACAGGUCUGAUUGGACAGAUUUAGGGAUGA